GCUCAGCCGUUACAGCCACCCACAGAGAAGAAGCGCGAAACCACCACUCUGCUUGCUGUACGCGCACACAGAGAGGAAGAAAGUGGGAAGAGGGAUCGAUCCGCGUGCUCCAUCGUUCGUCAUGAGGCCGAUCAGAGCGGGCGAGGCAAUGGUGGCGGUCGGCCACGGCGCGCACCCGGCCUUCUGGAGGACGCCGACGCCGUACCUCCUCCUCGGCUUCGCGCUCAUGAUGGGGAUCAUCCCCGUGGCGCUGCUCGUGCUCGUCUGCACGGACAGCAAGCCGUCCGGGUCGUCGUCGCGGCGGGGGAGCGCCGGCGAGGACGCGUCGGCGCGCGGGAUGGCGCCGCUCGACAGGGAGCCCAAGGUCGUCGUCAUCAUGGCCGGCGACGACUUGCCGUCCUUCCUCGCCAGCGCCAGGCCGUUCGCCUUCCCCGCCGUGACCGCCGCCGACGCGGGGGAGCCGCGCGGGGAGGACGCGUCGUAGGCGCGGCGCGGCGCGGCGCGCGCACCCGUGUACCCUCUGCCGGACGCGGGCCCAAUUUUGGUCGUCGGAUUUUCUCCUAGGAUUUUCCCCGCGUGUUCUGUCUGUAGAAUCUAAUUAGCAGAGAAGAUAGAGCUGUUGUUUGCGUUCUUGGUGAGGUGAGCGGCGCGCCGGCGGCGUGCGUUGAGAUCUGUGAACGCAAAUGGAAUUUUGGCCUGCAUAUUCAAUAAAUGCAUGACGCUCGCUUUGCUGCUCUCCA